AUGGCUGAGCCGCAGGGCGCUAGUGACAGCAACUCUGGCUACGAGCUCUGGGUGGACUUCCGACUGCAGCGCUUGCGGAAGCCGCUUACGAGUUGGGGUCAGCCAGGGCCCGUGUCGCCCGCGGUCGCCUCUUUGCAAUCUCCCAAGGUGAAGGAAGGCUUAAUAGAUUUGGCCAACAACCUGAAAGAGAAGUUCAACAAGAUUGGCGUAGAGCUUCCAAAAGGGAAGAUAAUGAAUGGUGUAGUGAUUGACAAGAAGUUCGCGAAGGAGGUCUUGGAAGAAGUGCGGGAUAUGCAGAUUCCUGUUUUCACCGCUCGCAAAGAGGUGCAAGGAGAAAGGAUGGAAGGGAACUCCUUCUUUCUCUGCAAGGCUGCAGAUGGCAAGCCAGUAGCUUGCUUGGAGCCCAAGCAGAUUCGCCUCUCCAGCGUUCAGCCACAUGCUGCCGAAGAUGUGUAUAGCUUGGAGUCAGACGAUGUCAAGGCAGACCGGGAGAAGGAAGAGGCAGACUACAUGGAGCGGUAUCGUGAAGGCCUGAAAGAUCCCAGCAAGUACGUGCUACCUCCAAGAAGUCGCAUGCGCGAGCUCUUUGGUCUACCGCCGGAGCCCCGCAAGCCGGACCGCAGCCGGCUACUCGCCAAGACGAUUCCUCCAGAUGCUCUGCUGUGGGGAAGAGCUCUGAUGGACCGUCAACGAAGAGGAAAGGUGGGCUACAAUCUCAAAUCCGAGGUCAAAAACGUGGCCGAGGCCAUUGCAGUUACAAAGGUCGUGGACAAUCAAUCCUAA